AUGGCGGGUGCCCCGCCCUCUGGUGGAGUCCAGCAAAUCCCCGAGCUGGAAAUGAGGCUGAAGGAGAUUAUGCGACCCCUCGUAGAGAAGAUGAACUACCUUGAAGAUUGCAUCAAAAAGGUACGUCCAACCGAAGAAAACAACAAGGUAAGUAGUGUGGAGGAAAUCCUUAAACGCCUUACCCAGAUAGAACACACAAACAAAUUACUGGUAGCACAAAACAAAGCACUAUUACUAGAAAACGAAAAACUCAGAAACACAUCGCCUACAACCCCAAGCAUAAAUAUUCCACUAUCUAUUGCCACACCUAGAACUACUGUUAACGACGCACACCCUACCAAACCGAGUCCCCUACUACCAAAACCCCCACACCAAACCCCGCCCACAACAUACAAAGAUAUGCUGAAUCAAACACGAAACCCCUCCUCAAGGGAGGCACAAGCACAUCUAUUUCAACCCAGCAAGCCACCCUCUAUAUGGGAUUGCCAGGAAGAUUGGGAUCUCACAGCUUUAUACUUUAGUUGCAAUACACAUGCACUAGACGAUGGUACAUUGCCUACCAACAAGCAUCUAUCAAAAUGGCUGCGUAAUUUCCACCUGCUGAAAUAUGUUCCCAUCCUUCACACAUCAUACCUAUACAAAGACCGAAGUGCAGUGGAGCUAGUAGUACCCACACGUUUCGCAACUAAAACAAAUAAACGCUCUUAG